AUGCAGGAGAUCGCUUCUGAAAUGAAGGCCUUCCUUCCGUUUGGUUGGCAACCGGAGUGGGACGUGCAAAGCAUCAAGGACGUUGGCUGGCUUUGCGAUGGCAGAACUGUCUUCCAGAAUGUGUCGAAAAUUCUCCCUGGUCACUAUCUGAUCUGUAGAUCAUUUGGUAGUAUAUCACAGGAAAAGUACUGGGACGUAGAUUUCAAAGACAAGCUGGGCACUGCACCUGCAUCAGAAAGAAUCAACUGCUUCAGUGUCAAAUUCAUCGGCGAAGAGCACGAUGAAGAACCGAUCGCGCGACGCACCGCUGAGUGGCUCGGAGUCAAGAUGCACCACUGCGAGAUGACAGAAGAUAAUUUCGCCGCCAAUAUCGAGAAUGCAGUAUGGCACAACGAAGCAGCAGUCACUGAUCUAGGUACAGUCGGCAAAUUCCUGCUGUCAAAGCUUACCAGCGAUGAAGGCAUAAAGGUCGUACUCACCGGCGAAGGAUCGGACGAGCACUUUGCCGGCUACAGAGAGCUCCUCACUGACUUCGUGCGCGAACCCGAUCUCGCAUGGCCAGAUAAAGGACUCACAGAAGAUGUUCGAAUAUCUACAUUCAACAGCCUGGAAGGCUCGGAGACGUCCGGGCCCAAGGAACUCGCGACUUCUGCUGCAGUGCGCGCCCAAGUAAACAACACUUCUUUCCUCGGCUUCACACAAACAGCUUCUCUGCGCGACCCUCUCCUCGCUCCUUGGGUCUUCCAAGAAUUUGGCACGAGCGACAAGCGCCUCACAGCAGUCAACUCCAUCGACGGCCGUACGCGCGAACUCAUGUUGAACAAAUGGCAUCCACUGCACACUUCGCUAUACAUCUGGACGAAGUCGUCGUUGGCAAACGGACUACUGACAGUUCUGGGCGACCGCUGCGAAAUGGCACACAGCGUUGAAGGCCGGCAACCCUUCCUCGACCACCGUCUUACCGAAUACGCCAUGGCGCUCCCACCCUCCGUGAAGCUACACUAUGACCCCUCAACCAGUACAUUUAGCGAGAAGUGGAUCCUGAAAGAAGCUAUGAAGCCUUUCAUCACACCCGAGCUCUACGCGCGAAAGAAGCACCCCUUCUCCGCUCCAGUCAAGUAUAAGCCUGAUGGGCCAGUGCACAAGCUGUUUGAACGCCUGAUAACGAAGGAGAAUGUUGAGGCACUGGGGUUCCUGGAGUGGGAGAAGUGUAAGGAUCUUUUGCAUGAUGCUAUCUUUGAUGGAGAUAGGCCUAAGUGGAGUCAGAUGAUACUUGCGGGGCAAUUUGUCAUUCUGGGCAAGAGGUUUGGGGUGAAGAAGGCCACCCCAGAAUUUGCUGGGUGAGAGGGAUCGCAAUUCUGAGUUAGCAUGAGGGAACAAGGGAAAUAUUUGGGCAAAAUGUAGCCACAGUAGCUUGGUUAGUAUAUCUGGGAGUUAUUUAUUCACACAUCAAUUUGAGAAGUUCAUUUGUA